AUGAUGAAAGUGGGAUUUGAGGUGGUUCAUGCAAAUCCAAACAUGAUUCAUCCUCACAUGCAUGGAACUUGGGACUACCCAAAUAUUUCUGCUAAUUCCUUGCCAUUACCAGCUCCAACCCCAUCAAACCUAUAUCCAAAGCCAGCAUCAGAAAAUCACUGCCUAAACUUGGGUCAAAAUGAGCUUUGUGAUUGGGUGGAGGAGCACAUUGGUGAUAUUACCAAACACCUUGUUGAAGACUUACCAGAAACCACACCUAAUAACAACAACUACACCAAUCUCCACAUUCAAACAAACACCUCAGGUUUAGAUCCUGACCACAAUGUUUAUGAUCAUGAGUUGAACCUAAUAACCAUUCUAAUGGAGUGUGCAGUUGCAAUCUCAGUUGAGAACCUUGGUGAGGCUCACAAGAUGUUACUUGAACUAACACAAGUAGCCUCACCCUACAAAGCAUCAUGUGCUGAACGUGUUGUUGCCUAUUUUGCAAAGGCCAUGGCUAGCAGGGUGAUUAACUCUUGGCUUGGUGUGUGUUCCCCUUUGGUUGAUCACAAGAGCAUUCACUCAGCAUUCCAAGUCUUCAACAACGUUUCCCCUUUCAUAAAGUUUGCUCAUUUCACUUCCAACCAAGCAAUCCUUGAGGCUGUGAGCCAUUGUGAAAGCAUUCACAUCAUUGACUUAGACAUCAUGCAAGGCUUGCAAUGGCCAGCUUUCUUCCAUAUAUUAGCCACAAGAAUGGAGGGUCCCCCUCAGGUCACAAUGACAGGUAUGGGAACCUCAAUGGAACUCCUUGUUGAAACUGGAAAACAACUCUCAAACUUUGCAAGAAGGCUUGGCAUGUCAUUGAAGUUCCACCCUCUUGCAACCAAGUUUGGAGAAGUUGAUGUUUCCAUGUUGCAAAUAAGGCAUGGUGAGACACUAGCAGUGCAUUGGUUGCAACAUUCUUUGUAUGAUGCAGCUGGACCUGAUUGGAAAACAUUGAGGCUUCUCGAGGAGUUGGAGCCAAGAAUCAUCACUUUGGUAGAGCAAGAUGUUAUCCAUGGAGGGUCUUUCUUGGACCGUUUUGUUGCCUCCUUGCACUACUACUCCACACUUUUUGACUCUCUUGGAGCAUAUUUGCACUGUGAUGAUGCUAGUAGACAUCGUGUGGAACAUGGCCUUCUUUCUAAGGAGAUUAACAAUAUAUUAGCCAUAGGAGGCCCUGCAAGGAGUGGUGAAGACAAGUUUAGGCAAUGGAGAAGUCAGCUUUGUAGGCAUUGUUUUGUGCAGGUUCCAAUGAGUGUGAAUUCAAUGGCUCAAGCACAGUUGAUAUUGAACAUGUUUGCACCAGCUCAUGGUUAUAGCCUUGCACAAAUUGAUGGCACAUUAAGGCUUGGAUGGAAGGAUACCAGCUUGUACACUGCUUCUGCAUGGACCAGUAGAACUUACUAG